GUUGCGACUGCGCAGGAAUGGGACAUGGGCAUGGCUUGGAAAGUUACAUCUCGGGGCAACUAGGAGGCGUGGUUGGGGAAAUCUGAAUCUGGAGAAAGGCGUGGCUUGAAGAGGCGGGGCGGAAUAUGAUUGGGUGAGCUUCCUCAGCGAGUUCUUGAAAGCGGGCAAGGGUGAACCUAGAGAGUUGUAUUUUUGUAAAGUAGUUGUGAGGGGGUGAGGAAGGGACGUAACUUGCAGCUCUUCCCAACUGCUACGUUUUAGUCACCGCACGGGGACUAAGAGGAGAGGCGGGCCGUACCUUUUAGUCAAGAUUGACUUGAGAUGCAAUUUCUCUGCGGCUGCGCAGGGCUGGCUUCUCUGUGGCUGCGGGAGGCGUGGUUUGGACAACAGCAUCUUUGCGGCUGCGCAGGGCUGGCGGCUGGAGUAUCCACCGCAGCUGCUGGGCAACGUUCUUCUUCCUCGUCUACCCCAUGCUCCGCGCAUUCUGGCUCGCGACAUCCUUGGGGCUGGGAGAGCCUAGAGGCGGCUCCCCUCGGGUGACCGCCGGGGGUGGGGAGCCCCGCUGACGCCUCUCUAAGCCCCGAGGUGGGUAGCGCGGGCGGUGUCAUUCUUUUAUUGGGGGCAGGGCGCGCCUCAUUGCUCUCCGGACCCUGACGACCACCUGCAGCCUGUGGGGCGUCCUGCUGGAGCAGCGUGGCGCGUCCUGGGAACCUGAAGGGCGAGGGACUACGGAGGGAUUGCUGUGUCAGCUUCCUUGCGCUGGAGUACCUAGUGCAAGCUGCUGGGGGAGUAGCUGGAAAAAAGACCACUCAGGAUCUCCUAGAUGUGGAGCCAGCCACACUCAGUGCACCAGAGCUUAGUCCUUCAUGGAGACCAGCUUCCAGCCAGAAUGGCAGUGGAGGAGAAUGGCUUACAGAUGGUCCCCUCACUGGAGGCUGGAUCAGAGCGUGGACUGCAGAGGGAACACCUGGUAGGAAGUCUCAACUUCCAUCUCUCCUCCCAGGUAGUGCAGCAUGGUGAGAAUUCGGAAGAAGCAGCUCUGGGCAUCCUGCCUGUGCAUCACAGUAGCAUCCUUUCUUCUCAUUUCAUUCCAGGUAGUCAGUGAGCUUGGCAAAUUUGAAAGACUGAAGAUAGAAAACACUAAUCUGAAAGAUGGGCAGCAAAAACCUGAAGAAGCCACCAAACAUCUCCAUCUAUUUCUUAAGAAAGGACUGUACCAGAAUAAGAAGAAGAUAUCCAAAGCAGACAGCUAUCCUAUCAUGCUCUGGUGGUCCCCACUGACUGGGGAAACAGGGAGAUUAGGUCACUGUGGAGCAGAUAGCUGCUUUUUUACCAUCAAUCGGAGCUACCAGCAUCACCAUCUGACCAAAGCAUUCCUGUUCUAUGGUACUGAUUUUAGCAUAGACAGCUUGCCUCUGCCUCGGAAAGUCCAUCAUGACUGGGCCCUCUUUCAUGAAGAGUCUCCUAAAAACAACUACAAGCUCUUCCAUGAGCCUGUCAUCACACUAUUUAAUCAUACGGCUACCUUCAGCCGCCAUUCCCACUUGCCAUUAACCACUCAGUAUCUAGAAAGUGUAGAUGCUCUGAAGUCACUAAGGUACAUGGUUCCUCUGCACACCAAAAACAGCCUGAGACAGCGCCUGGCCCCACUGGUGUACGUGCAGUCUGACUGCGACCCACCUUCAGACCGGGACAGUUAUGUGCGGGAGCUGAUGAGUCACAUCCAAGUGGACUCUUACGGUGAAUGUCUGCGAAACCGAGACCUCCCUCCACAGCUGAAAAACCCAGCUUCUAUGGAUGAUGAUGGCUUCUACCGGAUCCUUGCACAGUACAAGUUCAUCCUUGCAUUUGAGAAUGCAGUCUGUGAUGACUACAUCACAGAGAAAUUCUGGCGACCUCUGAAGCUGGGCGUGGUCCCUGUGUACUAUGGCUCACCCAGCAUCACUGACUGGCUUCCCAGCAACAAAAGUGCCAUUUUGGUAAAUGGGUUUUCUCACCCUCGGGAGCUGGCAGGCUUCAUUAAACAGCUGGAUAACAAUGACAAAGAAUACGAGGCCUACAUAGAAUGGAAACUGAAGGGUGAGAUCUCCAACCACCGGCUUCUCACGACCUUGAAGGAGCGCAGGUGGGGUGUACAGGACAUCACGCAGGACAACUACAUUGAUGCCUUUGAAUGCAUGGUGUGUAACAAGGUGUGGGAAAAUAUCAGGCUGCAAGAGAAGGGUUUUCUCCCUAAAAGGUGGAAUGCAGACGUGACGCAUCUGAGCUGCCCCAAACCCCAGGCUUUUGCCUUCCCGAUCCCAGCUCUACAAUGGACCUCUCUGCGGGAGAUGUGGAUCCCGAGCUUUGAGCAGUCCAAGAAGGAAGCCCGAGCCCUGCGGCAUUUGGUGGAGAGGAAUCAGAAUUUCACUGCACAAGAGUUCUGGGCCCUGGUAUUCAAAGACUGACUUCAACAAGCCCUUAGGAUCAUUAAUUUAGAGCUACUAUAUAUUAUAGCUUUAGGCCCUGCCCAGACAUGAGCCACAGAAUUGAUGGUGUUUGCCUCAUGGAUGUGGGACGCUGCUCUUUAGGUUGCCUUAAUAACAUUUUAAGUCAAUAAUGAUAAGAAAGUUGUUUUGUUGACUUAUCCUCUAGGAUUGGAAUUAAUUGGUGCAGUAUUCACAAUAAGCCCUAUCAGAUAAUUCCCAUGAAGUACUCUUAGAAGUCAUCCUAUAUUUUUAUAUUUAAAAAAUAUUUCUAGUAGGCAUUAAUUUUGUCCACUUUAAAUGGCUAGAUUAAAAUUCCUGCUGCCUUUAUAUUAAGAUCCAUGUCAAUGGGCAGUGCCCAUUUCAGUGCCUGGGACAGAUGGCAUGUGGACGUGUUUUGCACAUUCUGUGUCAGAUGUUCCUACCCUCAGAAAGACCAUUUCAUGGUCACUGGGUAGCAACCUUUCUGUCAGCCAAGUAUGAAAGAGAGAAGCAUGAGAGCUUGGUCCUGGGAAGUCCCUCUCUGCUGUUCAGAGAACAAGCAAAGUCAACUCACAGUCUUGCCUUCAAGAAGCCUCCAAGCUCUAUGUAGGUGUGAGUGAUUUGUACUAGUAGUCACCUUAAGAACCCUAUGUGAUGUGAUAAAGAGAGCACUGGACCUGAAAUUAGGAAGUCCGAGGUUCAAAUCCUGUUUCUGAAACUUUUAGUUCUGUGUCCCUCAACAACUUCUCUAAGCUUCCAGCUCCUUGUCUAUAAAUUGGGGUUAAUAAUACCUAUCUCAUAGUGUUGUUGUAAGGGUCAGGUAAGCUUGUAUAUGUUAACUUUAAGAUGUUACAGGAACAUCCAUUAUUAUUAAUCCCUGCCUCACCCCCCCAGAAAAAAUCUGUAUACUCUUGGUAAAACUGAAAGAUUAUGCCUUUUGGGGUUUCCUGGCCCCAGAGUAUUCUAAGAUUUAGAGCUAAAAGAGACAUGGAGGUCACCUACUCACCAAGAAAGAGGCAAGCAGGCUGACAGAAAAAGAUGACAGAGUUAAGAGUCAGUUUGGAUCCCAACUUUGCCACCUGCUUGUGUGGCCUUGGAGAAGUCACCUUUCUUUUCAGGGAGUAGACUCCGGGUCUUGGUUUCCUUCUCUCUAAAAUGAAGAGAUUGGAUGAGAUGGUUUCUGAGUCCCUUCCACCUCUGAAUCCAGGAUCCUUCAAGAUCUAGAGUGGCGUAGAGAGAGCAAGUCACUGGCCAAAGGAGCCCCCUUGUUCCUGGCUCACCCUGGCAAUACAACCAAGAUUUGUACCCACAUCCCACUAGUGUUUUCCACAACAUAACUUUAUAACAGGAUAUUGGGUCAGUGGUAAAGCUUGGUCCAGAAUUCAAGUCUCCUGCCUGAAUCCGGGAUCCUUUUCUACAUUUUCAUUUACCCACCUCAGGAAACCAGGAAAAAAAAGAAAAACAGUCUCUAGUCACAAGGACCUGACAUUCCAAUGGAUGGGACAAGAAGUAAAUUUUUAAAAAUACAAAAAACAAUUGAAAUGAAUGGUCGCAACUCUUAAUUACAAGGUAGUGGGGGGGGAGGGAUGACAGAGAGUUCUUGCACCUAGAGGAUCAGAAGAAGCUUCAUGUAAAAGAUGAUGUUUAAGGAAUAUCUUCAAAGAAGACAUGAAAGGAAGGAGAGAGUGCAUUCCAGGGAGGGGGCACAGCCAAUACAAAUGCAUGGAGAUGGUAGAUGGAGCGUGCAUGGGAGAGGAAAAGAGACGGCCAGUUUGGCUGACUCAGGGAAGAGUAAUUUCCAAUGAGCUGGAAAGAUUGAGGCCAUAUGGAGAUCUUUAAAAACUAAACAGUUUUAUAUUUUAUAUUAGAGGCAACUGGAAUAUUUGAUCAAGUAGAGUCUUUAUGUGGUCAUGAUCUGUGUUUAAAGAAAAUUUCCUCUCUAGGAAGAGGCCUUGCAGAGUAUACGAUUUCUUGCUGUCUAGCUCCUGCUGGGCCUGGCAUCUUCAUCAAAAACAAGUCCCUUCUUGUUACACUUGAGAACAGAACUCAAGAGAUUAAUUUGAUUAGGAGAGAAAAGAACCAAGUCUGCUCUUUACUAACCAGGUGAUAGCAGACAAGGCACUUCCUUUUUCUGGGCAAUUUCCUCAAUUCCUACAAAGCCAUUGGCUGAGAGGAAUUCCCAUGUCGACAAUUUUUUUUUUUUUUUAACAACAUUGAUAGCUAGUGUUUACAUAUCACUUUAAGAUUUGUGAAGUUCCCCACAUCUGUGGAAUGAAUUUUAAAACAUGUGUAAAUAAAUUUCUAGCUCUGAACCUCAAAUGUAACCAAUUUCAAAGAGGCAUUGUAGGAGUGGACAGAGGGCUGGGUCCACUGGACCUGAUUUUGCUGUUGAUUGUAAAUACAUACUUGCCCACAUUAAACCUGUUCCUUUAUUUGUAAAGUGAAGUUUAGUAAUAAAGUACUGGCAAUGUCGAUCAGAGACUUCCCUUUGAAAGUCCUAAGAUGCUGUAGAUGUUGGAAUUAUGGAGGAUUUUUAUAGCUUUUAUAUUUACUAAUAUGGCAAGAACAGAAGUAGAAACCUUCACUUGAUGACACUUCAUUCCCUGAGGAUAAUGGGAUCAAACUUGGAUGUCUCAACCCACUUCUACCCUCACCAAGUCCAUUUUUCAAUGCAGUGUAGACAAAGAACAGGGUUCAUACCUUAUUUAUCUUACCUAGAAUCGUCACUCUGGGGUCCUGGUAACUCAUUCAGCCUGUGCUGGUGGAUGGGCUUGGCUUUCUGCAAGCUCUGACAUGGACUCCAAUUCUCUUUCUACCUUUCGUAGUUCACAAGACUUCUAUACUAAUCUAUUUUGUUCUUCAAUGUUCCCAACCCAAGGCAGGAAAGAAUAGACAAAACAGGAAAAGAAGCAACAGCAAGGCCAUACAUAGCUCAGGGCUUCAUGUUGACCUGGAUCAGGACAGGAGUUGUUGGGGUUGUCACUCCUGAGCAGUAGCAGAGAUGGACACUUCAUUCCUGAAUGAGGUGAGGGAGAAUUGGAGGUCCUAGAGACCCUGGAAACUUGUCAUAUCUGGAUACUAGUGAUGAAAAACUGUAGAGCUCAAGAAGCAUGGUCUUCUUUAGAAGGCAGGAAGAAGUUGUCUAUUGUGUACAGAUAAAAUACUCAACAGCAUACCCAGCAAGUUGAUUGGGGCUGUGCCAGUCUAGGCUGUUCUACUGUGUAUGUUACUAUUGUUAAGAGGAAGGAGGAAAGUUUUCAUUCUCCUAACCUCACAGGGUUGUCUGAAGGACUCCCACUGGUGCCAAGCAGAACUUUCCUCCCCCUUCCCAUCUCAAAGCCCACCCCCAAAUAUCCUGAUAUUUCUCCUUUUUCCUUUCCUUCCCAGACAUGGUUCACCUCAUCCCCACCCCUUAAUAGAACAGAAUCCCUCUGUACUUUAACUCAGUUCUAGUUUCCCUCUACCAGUACUGGUGGGGCAGACACUGUGAUGCAUCCCCAAGGAUUCCUGGACCUUGCCAUCUGCCUUACACCUCAUUUAUAUGUUGUCUUCUCCAAUUAAAAUGUGAGCUCCUUUGAGGGCAGGGAUUGUCUUUUCUGUUUGUGUCCUCAGCACUUAGCACAGUUUACAUUACCUAAGUGCUUAAUAAAUGCAUUUUCAUUCAUUCAUCUUUAAA